GUGUAUCUAAGCCAAAGCUCCCAAACCAAGCGCCGUCAGCAGAACUCUUCUUGGAAACCAGUAACAAUGGCGGCUUCACUGUCAUCACCACCGUGCUCGACUUCACUGUUCAUCCAGAACCCAUGUUUCAGAGUCGAUUUGGGACGUGGGUUCUUGAAAAGUUUAGACCUAGGCCAUCGGAGGCCACAGUUCAAGUACUUGGUGUCUAAGGACCUUGUGGUCUCUGCCAGCACCAACAAUGCUGUGUCUGUCACUGAGUCUGUUUCUGCAUUGACUCGCUCUAAGGUGAAGCGUCAUACAAUUUCAGUGUUUGUUGGUGAUGAGAGUGGAAUUAUAAACCGAAUAGCAGGGGUUUUUGCCAGGAGGGGUUACAAUAUUGAGUCCCUUGCUGUUGGCUUGAACAAGGAUAGGGCUCUCUUUACCAUAGUUGUCUCGGGGACUGAAAACGUUUUGCGGCAAGUUGUUGAACAGCUCAACAAGUUGGUGAAUGUGAUAAAGGUUGAAGAUAUCUCAAGGGAGCCACAAGUGGAACGUGAAUUGAUGCUUAUCAAACUUCAUGCAGAUCCAAGCAACCGUGCAGAGAUCAUGUGGUUAGUGGACAUCUUCAGAGCAAAAAUUGUGGACAUCUCAGAACAUUCACUUACAAUUGAGGUUACUGGAGACCCUGGAAAAAUGGUUGCUGUUCAAAGAAACUUGAGCAAAUUUGGAAUAAAAGAACUUGCAAGAACUGGAAAGAUUGCUUUGAGACGAGAAAAGAUGGGGGAGACAGCUCCUUUUUGGAGAUUUUCUGCAGCUUCCUACCCUGAUCUUGAAAGAACAAUGUCUGAUGAUGAAAUUGCGGUGAACACAAAUCAUUCAGCCAAUGGUUCUAGCAGUAGUGCCUCACAGGGUGAUGUUUAUCCUGUGGAGCCAUACGAUGACUUUCGUUCAAAUCCAGUACUUGAUGCUCAUUGGGGUGUUCUCUAUGAUGAAGAUUCAACUGGGGUUCAGUCACACACUUUGUGUAUGCUUGUGAGUGAUGUACCUGGAGUCCUCAACAUAGUCACAGGAGUCAUAUCUCGAAGAGGUUACAACAUUCAGAGUCUAGCUGUGGGGCCUUCUGAGAAGGAAGGGCUUUCUCGCAUUACAACUGUUGUUCCUGGUACUGAUGACUCAAUUACCAAGUUGGUCCAGCAACUCCGCAAGUUAAUAGAUCUUCAUGAGGUUCGGGAUAUCACACACUUACCAUUUGCUGAGCGGGAGUUGAUGUUAAUAAAGAUUGCUGUAAACGCUAGUGCUAGAAGGGAUGUUCUCGAUAUUGCUGGCAUUUUCCGUGCUAAAGCUGUUGAUGUUUCUGAUCACACAAUUACUCUUGAGCUUACUGGCGAUUUGAAUAAAAUGGUUGCACUGCAGAAGUUACUUGAGCCCUAUGGGCUUUGCGAGAUUGCACGGACUGGGAGAGUGGCAUUGGAGCGCGGUUCUGGUGUGGAUUCAACUUAUCUCCGUGGAUACCCCCUUCCAUUAUAAUGGAGGGAGUUCCACAAUGACUUAUUAUGGCUGACCACAUAAUAUCUUAUGGAAGUGUUUAACACGCACUUGGAAGAAGUUCUAGUUGGUUAUAAGUUUUAAUUCCUUGACAAGUAGGAUCCCUCCCUCCGCAGCUUGAUCAACCUAGGAUGUACAAGUAGCAAGUGGUUGGCCAUUAGGCAAUCCAAUGCAGGAAGUCAAGGCAAGUUGUCUGUCUAAGCCUAGGGUUUAAGCUUUUGUUGUUGAAUUAUGUAUUAUAACAACCAUUGAUCUGUGUUAUAGUACUCAUAACCUAUAAUUAUCAUCAAAUAAGAUCGUUGUAGACAUUCUGGAACUCAUGAGCAGAUUACUUGAAAAUAU